AUAGACUGACAUCAGUCACCUUUAGCAGCCAUAACAGCUACAGUUCCAGCUCCAAUCCAAGCUUCAACUCAACCAACAGCUUCAAGAUGAAAUUCUUCGUGUGCUUCGCUGUCCUCGCCUUCGCUGCCGCCGCCGUGGCCAACCCCACCAGCGGUACUUCCGUCUCUGUCGCCAACCAGGAGUCUGAGGCUGAGGGUGUUACCGGUCAGGGUUAUGGUGAUCUGACCCGUCUGCGCAAGUCUGCCUAUGGCGCCAGCUCCGGCGGCUAUGGCGCCUCCAGUGUGCCCGCUCCUCCCUGCCCCAAGAACUACCUGUUCAGCUGCCAGCCCAACUUGGCUCCAGUGCCAUGCAGCGCCCCAGCUCCUAGCUACGGAUCCGCCGGUGCCUACUCCUCGCCAGUGGCUUCCUACGCUGUUCCUAACUACGGUGUGCCCCAGCAGCAGUACUAUGGUGGCGCCUAUGCUCCCCAGGCCUUUGGCUACCAAUACUAGAAGAUCAGCGAUCGACCCUGAAGACACAAAUUUGACACGGCUUCCAAAGCUGCUGAGAACCAAAAUCUUUGCCUCGCUUAAGAAAAUGUAAAAAAAAAUAAAAUAAAUGGACCAAUUUUCCGACAAUGCAA